AAAAGGCUUCAUCAUUUUCCCUGAGCAUCCUCCUUCAGACCAGGGCACCCUCCCAGAGCUACACCCAUGUCUGCAGCGGACUAAACCCAAAAUCCAACCCGAAAAAACCCCCAGGACAAGCCAUGGUGAAGCAAAGCAAGGACCGCGACAGCUGGGGCGAAUGGGCCCUGAACGAGAAGCAGACAUAUGACUGGAGCUCGGAGGAGGAGGAGGCGGAGUCUAAGGCGCGCCCCGUUCAGGUGCUGUUGGUAAAAGACGACCACACCUUUGAGCUGGACGAAAGCGCUCUGACCAGGAUCCUUCUGAACAACACGGUGAGGGAUCUGGAGGUGGUGGCUGUGUCUGUGGCCGGAGCGUUCAGGAAGGGCAAGUCCUUUCUCAUGGACUUCAUGCUACGCUACAUGUAUCACCACUCCCAGGCCCAUGAGGACUGGCUGGGUGACUCAGAUGAGCCUCUGACUGGAUUUUCGUGGAGAGGAGGCUCCGAGAGAGAGACCACAGGCAUCCAGAUCUGGAGCGAGGUGUUUUUAGUUGAUAAACCAGACGGGAGGAAGGUGGCAGUGUUGUUGAUGGACACUCAGGGCACGUUUGACAGCCAGUCGACGCUCAGAGAUUCCGCCACAGUGUUUGCCCUCAGCACCAUGAUCAGCUCCAUGCAGGUUUACAACAUCUCACAGAACGUGCAAGAAGAUGACCUUCAGCAUUUACAGCUUUUCACUGAAUACGGUCGGUUGGCGAUGGAGGAGACUUUUCUCAAACCGUUUCAGUCCAUGAUAUUCCUGGUGCGAGACUGGAGUUUUCCAUACGAGUUUCCUUAUGGACAAGAGGGAGGCAUGAAGUUUCUGGAGAAGAGACUCAAGAUCUCAGAGAACCAGCACGAGGAGCUUCAGAACGUGCGUAAACACAUCCACUCAUGCUUCACAAACAUCUCCUGUUUCCUGAUGCCUCACCCUGGGCUCAAAGUUGCCACCAACCCACACUUUGAUGGACGCAUCAAAGAGAUCGAUGGAGAGUUUAUUAACAACCUGAAGGUGUUGGUUCCGUGGCUCCUGAGUCCAGAGAACAUCGACGUGAAGGAGAUCAACGGCAGUAAGCUCACCUGCAGGGGGCUCCUCGAGUACUUCAAGGCCUACAUCAAGAUAUACCAGGGAGAAGAGCUGCCACACCCCAAGUCUAUGCUACAGGCCACAGCUGAAGCCAAUAAUCUAGCAGCCGUCGCAGCAGCAAAAGAUCUGUACAAUAAAAAAAUGGAGGAGGUGUGCGGAGGCGAUCGGCCGUUCCUCGCCCCCUCUGAGCUCCAGUCUCGACACAGCGUGAUUCGGGAUGAGUCCCUGCAGCUGUUCAGAUCAGUGAAGAAGAUGGGAGGAGAGGAGUUCAGCCGCCGCUACCUGCUCCAACUCGAAACCGAAAUCGACGACGUUUUUGUCCAGUACAUCAAGCACAAUGACUCCAAGAACAUUUUCCACGCCGCCCGCACGCCUGCCACGCUCUUUGUGGUCAUUUUUGUCAUGUACAUAGCCGCGGGCAUCACUGGUUUUGUGGGAGUGGACAUCAUCGCGAGUCUGUGUAACAUGAUCCUGGGGUUCGCUCUGAUCACUCUCUGCACUUGGGCGUACAUCAGAUACUCAGGAGAGUAUCGUGAGCUGGGGGCGGUGAUCGACCAGGUGGCGGGGGCACUGUGGGACCAGGGAAACACAAACGAGGCUCUCCAUAAGCUGUACAACGUAGCCGCCAACCACAGGCACCUGUACCACCACGCCUUCCCCGGACACCACCCUGAGGAGGAGAGAGGGGAGAGGGACCGAAAGAGAGACUAAAACAAACUCAA